AUGCUGACUACAACUCAAUGCGCGAGGUUCAGCCGACAGGAUCAAGCUAUUGCUUCUUCCACUCAAGCUAUAGCUUUGACCUCGAGUACACCUCCAACAACACAUUAUCUAGCCGCAUCAUAUGUGCAUAACCGGCACCCGGAAGCACCCAUGGCCACCAAUUCAGCCGCCAACAUGCCCGACCUCCUCGAAACCACCCACGGCGCAAUCACUCAAACACGAUCAGCAAUACACCAAAUCAUCCACCAAGUCCCCCCCUCAACCGCAACAUUCACCACCAUCCUCCGUCCCCUAGCACACGCCGAAAACACCCUUGCCCAAAAAACCCACCUCCUCAUCUUCCACGCCUCCGCCCACCCCGACCCAACUAUACGCCAAACUUCCACCCAAGCACGAGCACUCCUAGACGCCUUCGCCAUCGAACUAGCCCUGAACGAACCUCUCUUCACCUUGAUCAACGCAGUCGUGCACAAAGCCGAGGAUCUUGCACCAGAAGACGCGAGGCUGCUAGCUACGAAGUAUAGGACUUCUAUCCGUCAUGGGAUGCUACUCCCGGACAGCUCUUCCCGCGACCGGCUGCGUGAGCUGAGAGGCCAGAUUGGGGAAGCGACGGCGGCGUUUCAGGCGAAUCUCGCGAGUGCAAAUGGAGGGGUGUGGUAUUCUCGCUCCGCUUUAAAUGGCGUCCCAGAACGAGUCCUCGACUCGCUUGAAGUCGGCACGACGGGUUUGGUAAAAGCCACGUUCUGCAACGCUCAUCUCGCCGCCGUGUUACGCCACGCCAAAAACCCAGACGUGCGAAGGAAUUUCUUUAUUGCUUUUGAGAACUCUCUACCUGAAAACCGAGCGUUGUUCCGUACCGUGGUACUGCUGAGAGACGAAGUCGCAAGACUGCUGGGCUACGCAAGUCACGCGAGUCUUGUCCUCCCCGAUCGCAUGGCGGGGAGUCCGGAAGUCGUGGAAGCGUUCCUUGAGGAGUUGAGAGUGCGCUUGACGAAGACGAGCGUCCUCGAAGCGGAAAAGAUACGCGCACUGAAGGCGAAGGAUCUUGGACUUGACGGGAAGGAGGAAGAAGAGAUGGGGUAUUGGCUGUGGGAUCAGCCGUAUUAUCAUCGCAUGAUGCUCGAGGAGGAGUAUCAAGUUGAUCAGGAGAGGAUUUCGGAGUGGUUUCCUUUAAGGGUCGUUGUGGAGAGGAUGUUGGGGAUAUUUGAGGAGAUUUUUGGGUUGAAAUUCGAGGCUGUCGAUGAGGCCAAUGAGGAGCCUAGUGAUCGUCCGCCUAUCUGGCAUGAAGAUGUUCAAGUCUUCGCUGUCCAGGAUGCAGAUGAUGACGGAGCGUUUCUCGGAUGGCUAUACAUGGAUCUCUACGACCGUCCUGGGAAAAAGGGAGGGAACGGUUGUAAUUACAACCUCGUACCAGUAAGUCCCUCACCUCCUCAUCACUGCCGCCGACCACUAACUCAACCACAUGGUUUCACCCGCCCCAACGGAACCUGGCAACACCCCUCCACCGCCCUCCUCUGCAACUUCCCCACCCCCACGCCCUCCACCCCUACACUCCUCCACCACUCCGAAGUCGUAACGCUCUUCCACGAACUCGGCCACGCAAUCCACGACCUCGUCUCCAAAACUUUCUACGCUUGUUUCCACGGCACAGCAGUACCCGUCGACUUUGGCGAGGCGCCGAGUCAGAUGCUGGAGGAAUGGUGCUGGACACCCGCUAUCCUCAAAUCGUUGAGUUGCCACUACGCCACCCUAUCACCUUCCUACUUCACCUCCUGGCAGGCCCCCACCACGCCCGGCGCCGAGCAACCGCAAGAGACCCUACCAGACUCAAUGAUAACCUCCCUCAUCGCAGCGAGAAAUGUAAACGCCGCACACUUCUACCUCAACCAACUCCGACAUUGCAUCUUCGACAUGGCGGUCCACCAUCCCUCAAGCCACGAGGCGCUACAAGCGAUGGACCUCGCGACCCUCUACAACGAACUGCGAAGCAAAAUUUUACCACCCCGUGGCCCGGAAACCCAAGGCGAAAGCCUCGACUGGGGCCACGGCUACGUCUGGAACGGACAUGUGAUGCAGGAAGACUAUUCGGCGGGGUAUUAUAGUUACAUCUUUUCAAAAGUCCUCGCAGCAGACAUGUUCGAGUCUACUUUCCGCCAGGAUCCGAUGAGUCGCUGGGAGGGACGGAGAUACCGGUAUACCAUUCUCCAACCGGGCGGGAGUCGGGAUGCGAUGGAGAUGGUGAGGGAGUUUCUUGGGAGGGAGCCUGGGAGUGGGGCGUUUGAUUUGAGGAUAUGUUCAAACACUGAGCUAUGA